GGCAUUCGCAAUGCUAUCCACCGCCCGAUCGAAGGGCCUUGAGAGGGCAAUUGCCUCUGCCCCUUCGGCUUCCAUACCAGCUUUUCUCCUGCCAGCGUUUCCUGCCGCCACACGAUCAUUCUCUUCAUCAGCAAAUCGACGGUCUCAGAUAGGACGAGCACCGUUGUCAAUUCCACCAGAAGUCAAUUUUUCUAUUAUACCUCCGCCUGUACGAAAGAAUGCCCGCGCGUCGCAGGUUGCUGGCAGACCGACUGUGCAGAUUGAGGGUCCUUUAGGCAAGAUGUCUUUGACCAUCCCGAAUUUCGUCAAUAUCGAGCAUGAUACGGCAGUACGGAAAGCAUAUGUCACUGUUGAAGAUAGAGAGGUCAAGCAGCAGCGAGAGAUGUGGGGGACAACGCGCGCAUAUCUUCAGAACCACAUCCUUGGAGUUUCGGAAGGACAUACAGCUAUUCUACGUCUAGUUGGAGUCGGAUACAGGGCGACGAUUGAGAACACUGCUACAACUGUGGAGCCGGAGUUCGAGGGCCAGCAAUUUGUCGCGUUGAAGGUUGGAUAUUCGCAUCCGAUUGAGCUUCCAGUACCCAAAGGCGUCAAGGCUAGCACGCCACAACCUACCAGAAUUUUGUUGGAGGGCUGUGAGAAGGAAGUUGUUUUACAGUUCGCGGCGGAGAUUCGACAGUGGAGGAAACCUGAGCCGUACAAGGGCAAGGGAAUAUUUGUCAAUGGGGAAACUAUUAAGCUAAAGGCGAAGAAGAUCAAGUAGUCGCGGAGCACAU